AAUCCGUUUCACUAUAGCCCGUAGGUUUAUCAGUGCAUGGCCUGCAAAUGAAUGAACAACAAACCUUGGACAACAAAAGUCAACAGAUAGACAAGUGAUCUUCUUACUGAGAAUUACAGGUUUACUUCCAGGCACACUGUCAUUCGUGUUUGCCGCCGAGUUACAGAAUUGGGAUACCGUUCGUUGCAUAGGACAACCCGCUUAAAACACUGUUCAAGGAUUACUACUGUUGUAUGUUUUGUUGAAUGUAUUUUACUAAGAGAGUGUAUAACGCAUCAGAUGUACGUUAAUGUUGAUGAACCCAAAAUACACGUAUAAGCUGAGUGAUAUGGGUAAAAGUUAUAAAACUAAGUGUGGAUUAAAGACAAACGUGUGAUUAGCGAAGAGAUAAUUACUUACAAUAGUCGUGAUUAAGCUGGAUAGUCAAAUGGUGUAUGUUUAAAAUAAUUCUUAUAUGAUAUUCAAGGAUGUCAAAUUCACACAUAAUGGAGGGGAGGAGUCCCGUACCAUUUCUAAUGCUGUUUCUGGUGACGUUUUUGGUAUCAGUUUCUAAAGGUGAUCUCCUAGCUCCAGUCAUCGGUAGUAGCAACCCACUGGCACAAGGUUUACCCGUAUUUAAUGAAGAACCUAAAGAUAAUUAUUACAUGGUGAAGAACAAACCGGUUAUUAUAAGUUGUAAAGCCACACCAGCCAUUUUGAUAACGUAUGUUUGCGCGGGAAAAAAGAUGCCAGCGAAACAACAAGUCAAUUUAGAAUUAAUAGAUCCGGUCUCGGGUAUAAAGACUCUACAAUCCAGUCUCGAACUCACAAAGGAGGAGGUGGAAGAAUAUUAUGGUAGUGAUGGAUAUUGGUGUGAAUGUUAUGCCUGGAAUACUGUGCCUGGUUCCAGUGAUCCACAGAGCCGCAAAAGUAAUCGAGCUAUGGUGGAGGUAGCAUAUUUGAAAAGAAGAUUUCAAAGAGUUCCAAUGAGCCAAACCAUGGAACUUCAAUCAACAGUCGAAUUACAAUGUUUACCUCCAGAGGGCAAACCAUUACCUGAGGUAUUUUGGUUAAAAGAUGGAGAAAUGAUCGAAGUUUGGAAAGAAAUCAAUUUCAUUAUUUCCAGCGAGGGAAACUUGAUUAUCAAUCAGGCACGUUUAAAAGAUACAGGAAAUUAUACUUGUGGAGCCCAGAAUCCUGCAAGUCGACGCUUUAGCGAGUCUGCUGUAUUAACCGUAUUUGUAAAUGGUGCCUGGUCAACAUGGAGUCAGUGGACUGAAUGUUCAGCCAAGUGUGGAAAGGGUACUCAAAGACGAACAAGAACAUGUACAGACCCCGCCCCAUUAAAUGGAGGCGCCUCUUGUGCUGGGGAAGCUGUCAACCGCAUAGCUUGUACUUCAAUCUGUCCAGUGGAUGGUCUUUGGUCCCCCUGGUCAUCGUGGUCAACAUGCAGUCCAGAUUGUAUUCAUCAUCGGCGUAGGUCAUGUGAUAACCCUGCUCCAGCCAAUGGCGGAGAAUAUUGCAUUGGAAAUGACUUGGCAUCUGCCAACUGUACUGGGGGCAUGUGCAGAGACAAAAGAAAUAAUUCGAGAUUUGUGCUGCAGACAUUUUCACCCAGUCUCGAUGUUAGUACUAAGAAUAUUUUUGUUGAAACUUCAGAAGCUACUAGUCGAGCUGAAGAUGGUGAAAAUAUUCCUAUGUAUAUUGGUCUGUGCGUGGCCGUGGCUGUCUUUAUAACUGUGGUGGUGGUUAUAGUCAUUGUUAUGCGAAGAAGAAAAGCUCGCCAACAAGGUGUGUUUAACAGGGAGUGUCUGAGCACAGAUUCUACAAUUAACUCUAUGACUGAUGAAGAGAAGAAAAUCACCAAGAAUGGGGAAUUGUUGUCAAUGCAACCAGAUUUAACACAGACGGUUGUAACAGUUCAACAUGCUCUUCCCCCAGAUUCACCAAAUAACAACCAUAUGAUGGAAAAACAACCCUUGUACGAUGUCCCCGACAUUAAUGCACACCAUCGAUUAUCAGGAACUCUUCCUAAGAACAGCAAAAUGAUGUUGGUGGAACCUACUCUAAACCAUAAUCUGACUUCCUCCCUCGAACAAUUAUCAGUUUGUGACAAUAAAAAUACAUUAUUAGUUCCGUCAGAUAACAGACUGUCUCAGUGCGAUAAUUUACAAGAUAGUCGACAAUCAAUGAUAUCGGUACAGUUACCCAGUACAAUAGAUGCAGACGGUGUAACAUGGAGUACCUUUGAUAGUUGUGGUGGCCGUUUGGUUCUCCCAGAAUCAGGAGUAAGUUUAUUAAUUCCUGAAGGAGCUAUUAAAGAAGGUCAUGUGGAGGAAAUUUAUCUGGCGAUUUGCCGAGAUGACAAAGAUAGACCCAAGUUGAAUGAUAAUCAAACUAUUUUAAGUCCGAUCUUAUUAAUUGGACCACCCAGCGUUGUUUUGUUGAAACCAGUUAUUCUCUCCUACCAACACUGUGCAAGUAUGCGACAAGGAGGCUGGAUUCUAUCGCUCUUUCACAGUGACAGCCCAAUAGAUGAACCCCCUCACUGGAAGAAAAUGGUUACAUUAGGUCACGAAACAAUAAAUACACCAGUUUAUACUCAACUUGAUCCAAACCAAUGUCAUAUUAUGGGUGAACAAUUACAGCGUUAUGCCAUCAUUGGGGAGUCUGUGCCAGGUGCGAGAGCGAUAAAAAUUUUACGACUAGCUGCCUUUGCUCCUGCUUCUCCACCUUCAAUGGAUUAUAGUAUUAGAGUUUAUGUAGUGGAAGAUACACAAGAUGCAUUAGAGGGCGUUAUUCAAAUGGAGAAGAAAUUAGGGGGCCGUUUGCUUGACAAGCCAAAACAGAUUCCAUUCCAAGACUGUGGUAAUAACCUGUGUCUAACUAUAGAAGAACUUUCACCAGGCUGGAGAAGCAAAUUAGCAGCCAAUUACCAGGAAAUACCAUUCCGACACAUAUGGAGUGGAAAUCAGAAUAAUCUUCACUGUUCUUUUAGUGUAGAACUAAUAGAUCGAGCUCAGUUCUCAGUUUCAUGUAAAAUACAAGUUUACCAGAAAGGUGUUCUUAACAAUCGACAAGUCAUACGCAUAUCUUCCAAUCUCAAAGAGAAACUACCGCCUUGUGUAACUCCUUCGUCUACGUUAAAGGGCAGGACAUCGACAGUAACAACCAACUCUACAGUUAGUUCUGGGUUCAGUUCAAUGGUGGCUUUAGAUCCAUCAGCCCAAGUUUUUAGACUUCCUCCCCAUAUCCGCCAUCAGUUAUGUAUGUUGUUAGAUCCACCAAAUGCUCGAGGAAAUGACUGGAGAAUGUUGGCCCAAGCUUUAACUGUAGAUAGGUACAUCAUUUUCUUCGCAACUAAACCUAGCCCAACAGAACAUAUUCUAGACUUGUGGGAAGCUAGACAUCGUGAGGAAACUGCAGUGACAGAUUUAAUGAACAUUUUACGUGUUAUGGGUCGCAUGGAUGCGGCUGCAGUGCUUGAAAAAGACAUGGGAUCGUGGUUAUGAUGAACUACAUUUCUGCUGUAAUGACUUGUGAUGUUGCUAUGAAGUAACACGGAUACUAUAUUAUAUAUAUAUAUAUAUACAUACAUCUGUAUAGACAUUCAUUGUGAUAAGUGUUGCUGUGCAGUUGGGCACAAAUUGUGUGGAAUUAUAAAGACGACAAAUAUAUGUACCAAGUACAUUAAAAGAUAUGAAGGCUAAAAACCCACCCAAAGCCUUUAAACUUUUUAUCUUACAAAGGCUUUAAAUAUUUAUAAAUCACCAAACAAAGUUUUUUUUUGGUAAUAAUGACAAAUGUAAACUACUUAAAAUAGUUUGAAAUGUGGAGGCAUGCAGUGUAUGUGAAUUUGUGAGUGUUCUGUAAAAAACAAUUAAAAAGAGCUUGUGCCAACACCAUCAAAAAUUUGCCAGAAAGAAGAAACGUUAAAAUUUACAGAGGGCAAUGGACAAGAUAGAGAAUCGGGUUUGUGUGCUGUAGACAAUAGCCACUCAUGAUUUGAUGAAAGAAGGGAGCUAACUCCAUUUUUGUUAACACGAACACUAUAAUUAGCAUUGCUUCCAAUGUGGACAAGCAACUAGCCUACAUUUAUACUAAGUAAUGCAGAUUUAAACACGAUAUAUGUGCCUCUAUAUUAAUAUAUUCAAUUGCAAUCAUGCCUAUGAUCAAUCUUAUCCUUUAGUUUUCAUAAAAGUCUAUUAAGAUUGGAUAUUGGACUAUGCAAUAUUUUGCAUUGACAACAUGGCGACCAUGUUUUCUAAUUUGAUAAACAUAUAAGUACAUAUCAAACAUUUGAUAAAGAAAAAAAAAAAAGCUUCAUUAUUAUUACAUAUAUUGUCAUAAAUAUGUGUGUGUUGAUGUUUAAACAGUUCAGCUUAAACCAAAUAUGCAAAUAUUAUAUGUUUGGAGAUGAAGAAGAAUAACCUAACUGUAACAUAUAAACAUGUUAAACCUUUGGACAUUAUACAGCUGCUUGCCUUAUGUUACUCUGUGUGCAAAUGCGAAAACGCUUGUGUGACUUUAAAUAUCACGUUAGUCAACAUGCAUUUGUGUUUAUAUCGUGAUAUUGCAGUUGUGAUCAUUGCUAAAAAUAUAUUAAUUGUUUAAUUCGUGGUAAUUAGAACAGAAGGCAUUUUGUAUAGUUUUACAAACAGUUACUCUACAUAAAGUGUACAUGACUUAAUUUAAUAUUCUAGCUGCUAACUUAUUCAUGAGUUUUAUACUUAGCACAUAUUAGCUGACAAACAUGAUUUUAUUUCCUUCAUUUAAAUAUUGUAUAUACUUUUAAGUUACAGUCAGUUUGUAUGUAGGCCUAGGUAUAGAUAUAACUUAGGCCUAUCUACCGUACGUAUAUCUCAAGAAUGAAACAUUCUAGUCAAUGAAGUAAAUAGGUGUAUAAUUACUUGACCUACUGGGCUGGAGUCAUGAAACAAUUGAUAAGGUUGUAAUAGUUUGGGGUAAUUGGGGGGAAAAAAUGAAUAAUCAGCAUGCUAAAUCCCUAGAAUCUAGUAUGUAACCUAAAUACUGUUAAUAUCAGAAAUUAGUAGAAGUUAAGUGUCUGGUACAAACUUUCAGCAUUGAUAAUGAUAAAUCUUUUAGAUUUCUCACAUUGUCCGUCAAUUUUACAGCACCCCUGAGAACACUUCCCGACCCCCUCUUUGCUCUGAGCUAGUUACGGCCCUGUUUCUUACUAUUAGAAAUUGAACAAAUUAUUAGAUAAAAUUGAUGCUUUUUUGUGAAGGAUUGUGUUGGUUUAAACUACACCACAGUAAGUAUUUUAUGUGUGACUCUGUACAAGCCCUGUGUUGAGAAUCUCUACCUAUUACUAUCUGACUGAAAGCUAAUCAAAAACGUUGGUGCUAUUGUGUACAGUAUAAACAAAAUAUCAUCCGAUGCUCUAAAGACCGUAGAUUUAGAUUAAAAAGUAACAACUUAUAUUAUGGUGUAUAUUUGCUGUAUUAUAGUGAUAUAAAAAUAUAAAUAUAUAUAAAUAUGUGCAUUUAUGCUCAAACUGGAGCAAUUCUUACAUUCAAAUUGUAACUUAAAAUGUUAUUUAUUAUUGAUCCUUCUCUUUACUUUGUUUAAGUAUACAUGUACAUUACUUACACUAUGUCUUUACUGUCAAUCAAAGUUGACCCAGUGAAAGCAUUUAAUUUCCAAACUUACACAUAUUUCAUGAUUUUGUUUGUAAAUAAAAUAUUACAAAUUUGUACAAAUAUCCAAGAUAUACUAUUUGUAACACUUUUUUACAAAUAUCUAAGAUAUUGUAUUUGCAACAUUUCUAAAAAAAUAAUUGAAAUUAAAUCCCUUCACAUACAAAACCAGCUGACUUAUUUACUAUCUUUUAAAGAACAGAAAUCACCAGUUGGAAAUGAAUCCAUCUCAUUAGUGUUCUAUCACAAAAAAAUGACAUGUUUUAAGCAAUUGUACAUUUUUACAUUCAUGACCAAGUCUUUGUUGUUUGGAAGUCUUACAGCUAUAGCUGAAGGCUUUGCUAUUAAAUUAUUAUAUAAGAUACAUGUAAGUGAACUAAUGUUUUUUUUUCUCUUUAAAGUAUUGCUACAAUAGUGCUAUAAUCUAUACUUUAGUGUACAUGACUGUGUUACUCUUAAACACAAAAACCACAAUUUAGAGUCUCAUGUAAACUUGAUAAUGUGUCGAUAAAUUGAAAAUAUUAUAUUAUAUUGUACAGAAAGAACUUUGUUCGCAAACAUGUAAAUAUAUAUUACUUCAAUAAAUGUUUUGAUGAAGAA